GAUCAAAACGAUCACUGUCUUCACUGAAACUUACAGAGCAAAAGCACCUGAAAAGAAAGACGUUAUAAUGGACCCGACACAACUACAAUUAUUAUUUGACAAAAUGUCCAAAUCCUUUGAAGAUACAACAAAAAGGAUUCUUACAGCUAACAAAUCUGAACAAAAAGAACUGAACCUCAUAGUAAUCAGGAAGUUCCAUGGACGAGAAGAUGAAGUCCCGAUUGAAUGGUUGGAAGCGUUCGAACACGCUGCAGCAACAAACAACUGGAAUAAUGAAAGAAGAAUUACGAUAGCCGCCGGGUAUCUCAGUGACUUAGCAGCAGACUG